AUGCAGCUGGACCAGGGGUGGGAGAGGAAGAAGCGUCCGUUCUCACCAAGUCAGCAAACUCCACCAGUUAAUGCCCGACACCCAUUCGGCUCUGUGGUCAGCAUGCAAGAUGAAGACGCCCUGGAGUUCAGCUUAAGGGGACUGGUGGGGGCCUGGAUGGCGGAUGAACCUGCUCGUUCACCUGAGGGUCCAGGGCCGUCCCGAGAGCAGAGCGACAGCUGUACACGGCUGCUCCAGCGAUAG